GCAGUGGCGAAGGAAGGCGUUGUCGGUGUCGGUGUCAGACAGACAGGACGCAGCAAACAGAGGCAUGUCGCGUGCCGUGUGCUUGCUGUUUUUGGCCUGUUGGCUGGCGGCCGCGGCGGCCAAGCAGCAGGCCACCAUCGUGCAGCUGAACGAGGACAACUGGGAGCAGAUGCUGCAGGGCGACUGGAUGAUCGAGUUCUUCGCGCCGUGGUGUCCGGCCUGCAAGAACCUGGGCCCCGUGUGGCAGGAGCUGGCGCAGUGGCAGGACGACCUGGACAUCAGCGUCGGCCACAUCGACGUCACCGUGGACGUGGGCCUCAGCGGCCGCUUCAUGGUCACCGCGCUGCCCACCAUCUUCCACGUGCACGACGGCCAGUUCCGGCAGUACCGCGGCGCCAGGAAGCUCGAGGACUUUGUGUCCUUCGUUGAGGACGCCAAGUGGCAGGAAAUCGAGCCGAUUCCCGGCUGGAAGGCGCCCGACUCGCUCCAGAUGUCCGUCGUCGCCCACUUUUACAAACUCUCCAUGGUCCUCAGGACGGUGCACAACCACCUGAUGGAGACGUACGGCCUGCCCAUCUGGGGCAGCUACCUCAUCUUCGCGCUCUUCACCAUCCUGGUCGGCGCCCUCCUCGGCCUGCUGCUGGUGUGCGUGAUCGACUGCAUCUACCCGCCUAAGCCUUCGAGCCGCGCUGCGGACCAUCGCGGGGAAAGCGAACCGGAGGACGAUGACGACGACGUGAUCAAGGACGAUCGCGUCGGCGGUGCGAGCGGCUCGGAAGCCGAGGAGGACGAGGAAGGCGACGAGGUGGAAGGGGAGGGGGCGUCCGACGAGGACGGCGAGGAAGGGGAAGGCAGCCAGGCGUCGGCGCCGUCGUCGGCGCAGGGCAGCCCGAGGAACGUGCGGCGCCGCAAGCCGCCGCGAGCCGACUGACUGCAGUGAUUCAAGGCUGAGUGAUUGGUCCUCCCCUCCGCACCCUUCGACCCCUCCCCUCCCUCCCUCGUUUCGAUAAUCCGGCUUGAAAGCACGCACACUUUUCUUUCGUCCUUUUUGCGAUUAACCAACCGGUCGGAGGAGAUUGAUUGCCUUGGAAAAGAAAUUAAGGAAAGCUUUAUCUCGUGUAAUAAUGAUUAAUUUUGUAUAACCGUGUUCAAUCGGAAAACAAUGUUGUUACUUGUCGACAGCCAUUCCUUUUUUAUGAAAUUGUUAGCAGAGGAGAAAUGUACGUGACUCUGUAAUGAGGACAAUUAACACGCAACGCUUUCUUAUCAUAAGUAAUAUUAAUUAAUUAAUUAAACAAUUACGUCGAAUGUUGUUGGAAUAAAACAAAUAAUAAUUCGUA